AUGGGCGAGGUCGUAAACGCUAUCGUCGCUUUUGCAGUCAUUGUUAUCAUCUUCCGAUGGGCGACUUCAUCCAGCGACUCUUCUGGUAGGAGGUCAGCAUCUUCGGCUCUUGGUUUCAGGCCAAAGAAUGUGACGCAGGACAUGGUCAACCAGAUACAUUCCAUGUUUCCAACUAUAUCACAAGAUAAUAUCCGUUAUGACUUACUGAGGACGGGGAGCGUUGAGAUCACAUCGAAUAAAAUCCUGGAGCGUGGAUAUCUUGAUGUGCCUCCGCCAGCAUAUUUCACUGUUUAUCCUCGCACAGAAGUUCCCCCACAACCCCGGCAGGCUACUCCUCAAGGGCAAACGACAGGUUUAGCACCAACUCCGAAAGAGAAUCUUAUAUCUCGUUACAAGCUACAAGACCGAGUGGCAUCUUCCACUUUCUCACCUGAAGAUGAUCUUGCCUUCGGCAAAGCCGACUGGGAGGACACGUCGGAGAAGCGCGAGGCUAGUUUGCAGGAAAGGAAAAGCACAGAUGAUUUUGGCUGCCAGACAGUGCGUCGGCGACUGCUGGCACAACAAACUCAGAAGGAAGGGACAGACGUGGCACCAGGUUCUUCGUCACACUAA